AUGGGGCCCUCAAGAGUCCUAGCUGGGACAAAUCUAUUCGUGUUUGCUUCACGAGCCAUUGCGGCUCCGCUGACCGCUACCACGACCUUUGCCGCUAUGGCCAGCACUACAGUACCGAAUGUGCCAAUUACCAAUGUGACCUCCUACCGACCAUACAAGGGCACGGCAACAACCACAGGCGCUAUAUCGACGACUGUCUUGGCCGCCUCCGCUCCCCAACCGGCACCUUACAUGCCUGCCGGCGGCUUGGGUAUUAACGGCUCCGUCCCGUUAUACCGCGUUCAGAGCGAUUUCGACUCCGAGUCCAUUGCCCUAGGUCUGUAUCAGGAACGGGAAUGGAUCGAGCUCGACCUCAUCCGUUGGGGUCGCGCCAUCUUCUCCGUUGAGUACUUUGAAGCCGCAGGCCUUACUUCCGAAGAUCGUGCUUUUCUCGAGUACAUGGCGGACCAAGAAAUUGGCCACGCCACUCUUCUGACCAAUAUGCUUGGCCUCCAGGCCCCCAAGCAGUGCACAUACAAUUACCCCGUGUCCAACGUGCGCGAGUACGUCGACUUCUUCCAGAAGCUGACCCGCUUCGGCGAGUCGGGCGUAUACGGCUUUCUCAACCAUCUAGAUUCUCGCGAGGUCGUCUGGUUCGAAGUUGGCAUUCCACAGUCCUGGGCAUGGACCCUCAAUGCCACCGGUUCGACGGAGGACUGUGGCCCAGCUACCACCCAGAACCGUGCCCUCCCGUUGUCUUACCCCGGACGUCAUGUCUUCCUCAACUGGGACGAGCCCGGCAAGCCUGUUGGGCCGGACAACAGCUACGUUACUUCCACCUCGGCCAGUGCACCUAGGUUCGCGGUGUGGGUUUCGCAGCUUAAUGUUACGUACAGUCCGUUGUUGAACAUUAGUGGGAACAAAGCGUAUACCAUUCAGCCUGACGCCAGUGUAUAUGAGGGCGAUCCGGCUGCUAAUGGGACUAUGUUCAUGGCGCUUACGGAUGAGAAUUUGUUUUUUGUUUGUGACGCCAUUUAA